AUGACGCCUCCCAGCGGACCGAGCGCCUCGGGCUAUCUCACGGACGAAGAAGACUCGAUCAGCAUCUUCUUACGAGAGGCACAGCGUACGAUCCUGCUUUGCCGCUACGCCCAGACGUCAACACCCGCUGAGACUGAAUAUGCGGCUUUACUCUCCGAAGCUGUCGAACGUUUGCUCAGUGCAGUGCAGUGGCUGGCCAAAAUCACCACUGGGUCUGUCAACGAUGCGCCUUGGUUCCACAAGGCCGAACUAUUCCUCUCUCAACUCAACGCCAGACUAGAUCCAGACAACAGUCGCACGGCGAGCCCUCGCGCUGAAGCGUUGGCGGUGAGAUGGCGACUGACAAGCGACGAAGUCACGGACUUUGUCCGUCAAUCCGAUAACUUGCAUUUGACUCUGCCAGGAUUGUCUUACAAGGGUUCUCGAGACGAAGAAUACCCCCUGACACGCGCUGCACCCCCUAGAUCCCUCGUUGACAAGCUGGAUGGAGCCAGGACGCCUCGAUAUCGACUUGAAGGUGUAUCGCCCCGAGCACCCCCAACACUCCUCAUCAACAAGCUGCAUGCCAUCAGAAACCGGCACUUCCCGCCACCACAACUCGGCCCAUGGGUGGACCUGAGCAGAGUGCGCCGUUGGCUGGAGCACUGCGAUUCACACCACGUGGCGCACUGUCAGCUGUCGACUUCAAGCGAGCAACUGUUCAGCGACCUCCCACGACGGCUCAUCGACGUGCAGCGCAGGUGUCUCGUCUCGGCAGAGCCCCGGCAGCGAUACGCGGCGUUAAGCUAUGUCUGGGGCGUCGCGCCGUCGUCAAUGGCGCUGCGACGGAACAUUGAUCUCCUGCAACAGGACGGCGCCCUCAACUCCACGACCUGGGCCCGAAGUGUUGGAGGAGAUGAUGUGACCCAGCAGUUCCCGAUGACAAUCCGGCACGCGAUGGAGCUCACCCAGCAGCUUGGCGAGCGCCUAUUGUGGGUGGAUGCGCUCUGCAUUGUGCAGGACGACGACGAGGAAAGACAGCACCAGCUGAACCGCAUGGGGUCGAUCUACGCCAACGCAUACGUUACUAUCGUUGCCGCGGGCGGGACUGCGCUAAGCGGGCUACGCGGCAUCGAAGGCGCCACGCCCCCCAUGACUCGGACGGUGACAACGCCCUAUUACCUUGGCCACGGUCGUGAAGAUCAUGUUUGUCAAGAGAUACAAAGGUCCCAUCGCCGCCUGCAGACCUCGGCCUGGAGCCAAAGAGGGUGGACUUUCCAGGAGCAGAUCUUCUCGCGGCGCCUGCUCAUCCUCGACCACACUUCCGUGACUUGGGAAUGCCACUGCGCCGUCUGGCUCGAGGGCAUGGAACCCGUCGAGGGACAGUGUCAGGAUAACAGAGCCGUGGUAGCCCAGGGCUUCUCCUUUUCGGCCCAGCCCAACCUCGGCGAGUACGCGCGCCACGCGACAGAGUUCAACCGGCGCGAGCUCACCUACCCCGAGGAUGCGCUGGACGCGUUUGCCGGUAUUCUGGCAGUUCUUAGUGGCACGUCGUUUGCCCGGGGUUUUAUCUGCGGACUACCGGUUCUGUUCUUCGAUGCCGCCUUGUUGUGGUACAAUAAGACUCCAUUAACGAGGCGCCGCCCCAGACGGCAGCCAACCGUCGAUGCGACGAGUGCCUCUGCUAACGUCCUGCGUCCAUCAUGGACGUGGGCCGCGUGGCAGGGUGCAGUCGAGUUCGUAGACGCCAAUAUCGACCUUGCCGGAGCGUCUCCGGAUGCGGAAAAUAAGCUGGUUACGCGAUAUUCGUAUCCUGCACGGUGGCUAUAUCAAUAUUCCCUCGUGAGCUGGAACUAUAGAGCCAACAGCGGAGAGGAUUGGAAACCCAUCCCAUCCCUCUUUGCCGAGAGGCGGCUCAGCAGAUGUAAUGAAGAGGCCACUGAACCGACAUCGCCGACGACAAGAGGAAACCAUGCUGCUGAUGCUCAGGAACACCGGAACGAAGCUCAAGUCGCCGAAAGUGGCAUUGCUCCAACAUUAGAUGGCUCGCACUUACUUCUCGCGUACCCGUCGAGGGCUUUUUUCCACGUCCAGCAGGUGUUUGGCCAGGCUACCGUCCUCCUGGCUGAUGCAUCCGGCGGUUGUGUUGGAAGUCUUACGUCCUGCGGCAAGCCGGACAAGGAGGCAUAUUCCCUGCCUCAUCCUCCUUGCGAGGUAGUGGCCGUUUCAGUGUCAUCUCUGAAUGGCGAGGAAUCAUACGACGUUCUCUGGAUUGAAUGGGAGGGCCGCAUCGCCUAUCGGAGGGGGGUUGGGAGGAUACGGAAGCCGGCGUGGGAGGCAAAGAAAGCUGAGCGUAUCGAACUCAUUCUGGGGUAGAUCGACUAGAUUGGCUGCGUUUUGGAAGUGACAAGGUAUAAAUAGAGGUGGUGGACAAGCUGCUUUUGCCAGUUCAGGGGCUAGAUGAACGUGAACAGGGGUAU